GACAGACUGAACAGCCAACCAGGGACAAGGACAAUUUUGAGUCUGGUGUUGUGAAAUUCAUGGAGGAGUAGUGCAUUCAAUUUUGUCAGAUGCUGCUGAUGGAUCAGUUGGUCAUAAUGGCAGGUGAAGCAAUUAAUGAAGACUAUCCAGUAGAAAUUCAUGAGUAUUUAUCAACGUUUGAGAAUUCCAUUGGUGCUGUGGAUGAGAUGCUGAAGACCAUGAUGUCCGUUUCUAGAAAUGAGUUGUUGCAGAAGUUGGACCCACUUGAACAAGCGAAAGUGGAUUUAGUUUCUGCAUACACAUUAAAUUCAAUGUUUUGGGUUUAUUUGGCAACUCAAGGAGUUAAUCCUAAGGAACAUCCAGUAAAGCAGGAAUUGGAAAGAAUCAGAGUAUACAUGAACAGAGUCAAGGAAAUAACAGAUAAGAAAAAGGCUGGCAAGCUCGACCGAGGUGCAGCUUCAAGAUUUGUAAAAAAUGCCCUCUGGGAACCCAAACCUAAAAAUGCAUCAAAAAUUGCCAAUAAAGGAAAAAGUAAAAAUUAGCUUUUUGGUUUUGGCGCACAUAUAUUCAAAAAGUAUAUCAUUUUUAUUGUUUUCUCAAAAGAUGAUUAUGUGGCAAUGCAAGGUUUAAAUGUAUUCCUUACUGAAUUCAUAUAUAAAUUUACACUUUAAAUCUGUAAUGCUUAGUACUUAUUUUCCCCAGAAAGAUUAAGUUAUCUUUAUUGAUUUCU